AUGCUAGAUAUGAGGAUCUUCAAGGACAAAGGGCCACUGAUUAUGCAGAAAUCAUAUAGUGGAGAUGUCAAACACGCAUUGCAAGAUAUCCGGUCCAUGAGCCUCCGCACCCUCGUAUUCGACACUGCACAAAAUUCCCUGGUCAAAAUAGGAACCGAAGUUGAACAAAUUGUGGGGAUAACAGAGGAGACGCAAAAAAGCAUCGAAGACGAUUUAGUCACAUGCAUAUCAGUUUCUGACCGAAGAAGGAAAGCGGAUUCCAGCGAAUUUCCAAUCUCUAAAAGACACCAAAGGAUGACAAAUUUGACAAAUCUUGAAGAGGUCGUCGAAUAA